UAUACUUUUCGUCCGCUACCCUCUCUGAUCGUGUGCAUCGUUGAUGUAUUUUACAAUAAUAAUUUAUAAAUUAUUUUUCGUCCCUGCUUUGUAAUUUAUUUAUUUAGCAUUCAAUAAUAGUAUUGUAUGUUUAAGAAAUCAUUAGACUGAUCAUGAAAUAUUUGAGUGAUAUGGAAGGUUCGAUGCAGAUUCGAUUAGAACCUGAGGCAAUAACUCAACCAGAAAUCCAGUGCGACAGUUAUACUGAUACAACUAUAGUACACCUAAAACAAGAAAAUGCUGUGGAGGAAUCGACCGAUACGGAAGUGAAUACUCACGGUCAUGCCUCGGAAAAAUCAUCUGUUUCUUCCAGAAACUACAAUGAACCCGACCAAAGAAGCGACAACAGCCAGCAGAUCGGUUCGACGAUUCCGCCCGCCGAUUCCACACAACCAUACGGAUGCGAGUAUUGUGGCAAACGGUUCAUUCAGAGAAGCCAGCUAAUCAAGCACGCGUGGGCUCAUCUCGGCGAACGACUGUUUAGAUGUGAUGUGUGCGAGAAGACAUUUGUCACUAGCACCAGCUUACGGUUACAUUUGGGGUCGCACAGCAGAGAAAAGCAGCACAGUCUAUCGGAUCAUCAAAUACCCCGCACCACUAAGAAGUCACACAAGUGCACUGUGUGUGAGGAGGAAUUUCCUCGCAGAUCUGCUUUAUCCGAACACAGGUCGAUUCACAAGCCUGCGCCGGGACGGUACAAGUGUACCGUUUGCUGCAAAGGAUUUACCAAGAACUCUUCCCUAGCCACACACAUGCUCAUUCAUACGGGGGAACGGCCCUACAAGUGCCCCGUGUGCGAUAAAAAUUUUACCCAGAAGUCUACCCUAACGACACACAUGUCCCUUCAUACGGGUUACUAUCGACACACUUGUGAUGUUUGUGGCAAAGGAUUCAACGCAAGUACUUUCUUGAGGAAUCACAUGAGAAGCCAUUCCAAGAAGCCGUCGGAAAGUGAAGUGGAAGAAUCGCAGCGAAUUAAGACAGAGACGACAGAUUCCGAUCAAACAGAAACACAGUACAAUAGUAAUACUGAGGAAAAGAUAGAAACCCUAAAACAAGAAUAUUUCGAUACAAACAGUUCAAUCGAUAUCGAAGAUUUCCACAUAAACGCCACCUAUGAAUCAGACUUCAAUGAUUUCGAUCAAUGCGAUAUUAAAUUGAUAGACUCCCAAGUACAAAAUGACGCACAGAACAACGAGGAAACCCCCGAAAGCCCACAGGAGGCAUCUUUCAUUUCAACCAGUGAUCCCACGAGGCAACACGAAUGCGAAAUUUGUGGAAAACGAUUUCCCAGCAGGAAAAGUUUGAUACAACACUCCUUAAUUCAUGGCGAUGAACGGCCCUUCGGCUGCGAUAUUUGCAGUAAGACAUUUCUUAGGCGCCACGAUCUUUUGCACCAUCAGCAUAUCCACACCGGCGAGCGUCCGUACAAGUGCACCCUGUGCGGGAGAGGUUUUACCCAAAGACAGGUUCUAAAUACCCACAUGUCCAUUCAUACGGGCGUGUAUCGGCGCAAGUGCGAUUUAUGUGGCAAAGGAUUCAAUACAAAUACUCAGUUGAAGAGGCACAACCUCAUGCAUAUCGAUGGGACACUGGCCAGUGAGCAAAAGCUUUACAAACACAUAUGCAAAUACUGUGAUAAGCGAUUCGUUCUACGCAAGCGUCUUAUCCAUCACAUUCGACUUUAUCACGACACAGUAUACUUCAAUUGCGAUUUCUGCGGUAAACGGUUUCUCGAAAAUAACGCCCUAGCGGUACAUCUACGUGAACACAAUAGUGAAAGACCGUACGAGUGCACCGUGUGUGGCAAAGAUUGCAAGCAAAAACGUGACCUAAUCGUACAUAUGCACCUUCAUACGGGCAGGGAAACGUUCAAGUGCACGAUAUGUGAUAAAGAAUAUUCCCGCAAAUCCUACCUAAGAGAACACAUAUCAGGUCACACGGGUAAACGAUUGUACAGCUGCACCGUGUGUGGCAAAGAAUUCACCGAGAGAGCUAGUUUAAUCGAGCAUAAGUAUGUUCAUUCGCGUAACCGACCCAAUACGUGCACCGUGUGCGGUAAAAGCUUUGCCCGAAACGAUUGCUUAUCCAAACAUAUGCGCACUCAUUCGGGGGAACGGCCCUACAAGUGCACCAUAUGCAACAAAUCUUUUGCUCAAAGUUCUACUCUUACCACACACAUGGCCCGUCACACGGGUGAGUAUCGACACAAGUGCGACGUUUGCGGUAAAGGAUUCGCUGCUAGAUGUAAGUUGAAAAGGCACAAGCUGACACAUGCUGGCAAAAAAUAGAAGUUUACGAUGCGCGAGGCGAUCAACAAACAGAAUACGGCAGUGACGGGCAUACUAGUGUACCACGAUUGAUCUUCAUUUUCGCAUGAUCAAAAGGAAGCAGUUUUGGGAUGGGCAAAAUAAAAUAACAAUGCCACAUGUUCGGCUUUCCAAUCGUUGUUUCAACUUUUUUAACGUAGCUAUUUAUCUACUUAUCGAUAAGUUAUCAAUACUCAUGAAGACAACAAAGUCAGUUACAUUUCGAUAUAGAUGUUUGUUCAAAUAUACCAACUAAAAGAGUUCAGUAAGGAUAAGUACAAAAAUAUAA